AUGCUGCAUAUUAUUACUUUGCAUUAUGCUUUACUUCAAUCAUUAGCUGAGGUGAAUCAGUUUAUUGAGGGACUCAAGCUAAAUGGCCUUCUUGAGUGCAUGCGACAGCACCCUUAUGAAGCCAGGAAGCUGUUCAUCUAUGAAAACAACCAGAUUUCAGGAGAAGAACUUGACGAUCUUUUGGUCCCAUUAUUUGCCAAGCCUGGAAGCAACAAAAGAGAAUUGGAAGAGAGGGUGUCUUUCAAUUUUACCAGGUACCUUGAAGAUGUCAAUGAUGCAGAGGUUAAGGGGACCAUUGACGAUUUUAACACAGCGGAAAAAUCUCACAUUGUUAUCACAGCAGGCGUGGUGUUGUAG